UACCUUAUAUUAGUACUGACUAAUCAUUUUGUUUAUAUUUUUACCUUUCGUUACAAAUUACUUUAAAAAGUACACCUUCACUAACCAAACCUUCCAUCAUCACAUCAUAAUGGAUGUUACAGCAAUUUGCAACGAUUCUUUCAAGGAAAAACGUACAUUUCAAGAAAUAUUACCAAUAUCCUAUAAGAGCGUAAUACCCGAUAUCGCUUUAGUUCGAGAGAGAUCUAACCUUCAAUCCGAUGUUUUGAUGGCUGUUAAAUUAGAUCCUGCAGUAUUAGAAGCUCAAGUGACUAUUAAUAACGGUGAAAAUGUUGGUUACGAACGAAAUUAUACUGACACGGUGCAGAAACUGAAGAAGAAAGAUGAGUCACUGCAUCGUAAGCAUCACUCAGACUUUGAAAAGGCAAUGUGCUUGCAGCGAGCUGCUCUCUUCUCCUUGUCCUCAAACCAAUUCAGUCUCUUAAUGAAAUACGCUGACACCCUCCGCCAGCAACGGGUUUCGUUACAGAAAUAUUUGGAGUGUGGGUUCUGUAAGAAUAAUGGAGAACCAGAAGUUUGGUACACAACCCACGCCUUAAAAGACGGAAAAGGUCGGGUGCGAUGUCCCAUUUUGCGGGCCUUGUCCUGUCGCCGCUGUGGCGGCACAGGUGACAACGCUCAUACUAUCAAAUAUUGCCCACAAAGAUUAAGAUAAAAGAUCAUACCAACCGAAGCAGACUGUGCUACGCUUUAUAUAAUGAUAUUUAGUGACAAAUAUUUUAA